AUGGAGGGUCGAUUGGGCAGCCUAAAUUUUCGCGAUAUUGCGGUCACGACUCUUUAUCUACCCUUUUGUUGCAUGAUCGGCUGUCUUUCAUAUGCCAUGUUCUUCUAUUUUGAUGAGGUUACGGAAUCAAAGUGUGGAGUCCAUAACUUUGUGCCUUCAAUCAGUGGAGCGGUUUGCAUGCGUCCGCUGUUACAUUUAUGGCGGUUUUGCAUUGUUGCACACGCCGUUCCCCGUGUUUUUGUUACCCACCUUUAUUACCGUGCGCAUAUGGCACUGGCAGACAAAGUCACUUUAUGGAAGUCAUACACUUCUCUUGUCUCUUUGGUAUACUUAUUCGAUCUCACUGAUAUUCUUUCUCUCUGUGGCUUAACAAUCUGGAAGCAUCUAAUGACUGCUACAAAUCCAGCUGACACGACCAAGAAAACAUUCAUGAAGAAUCAGCUCUUAAUAGGCACGAAAUCAGCUGAGUUCGGCAUCGCCUUCGCGAAUAUGGGCUUUCACGGGACCGCAGCUAAGGACUUCUACAACCUCAAGAUUGUUGCUUCUCUCACCUGA